ACACCGCUGACCUUGAAACAGACGGCUCAUCACUCGUUCCAUCGUAAAAAUAUCUGAGAGCAGGAGCUCGCAAAAUGGACAAAUAUGCGAGAAUGGUUGAAAAUCUCAUUAGUGCUGGCAUAAAACUAGUCGCCGUGGACUUCGACCUCACAAUCCUCAACAUUCACACCCGUGGAUUUUGGCAAUUCACUAGUAAAGCGCUGGUGCAACGUGUUCGACCGUGUUUUCAAGAGUUUCUAAGCAGCGCGCUUAGUUCAGAAAAGUUAUUCGUAGCUGUUGUUACUCAAAGUCCCCAGGUUUCACUGGUUAGAGAAGUGUUAGAGAAGGCUCUGCCCGACUGUGAUACAACGAAGAUCGAAAUACGCGGUAAUGAUGGAAGCUGGAAAGAAUUUAAAGCUGUCCCGAAAGAAGGCAAGCAGCAGCAUAUCGAAUCUGUGAUUCAUCAUAUCCAGAAAAAGUUCAAAGUGAAAAUAUCACCUAUAAACGUCAUACUUUUAGACGAUGACAAGAAUAAUGUAGAAGUUGCUCGUCGAUGCAAGAUGAGUGCUUUACAAAUCCGCGAUGAUGACAGUCUUGAUGAAUUAUUGGACAGGAGGUACUGUGAGAUGACAUCACACUGAUAUAGAACAUCUGAUGUGUGACCAAGUAGAGACUAUUCAAAGUUUUAUGUAAUAUAUUUGUGAGAUAUUAUUUGUUUGUUUCCUAUUUCCACAACCCAAACAAAGAUGGGAUUAUAAAACAGGCAUAAUCUUAAAAACCCCUCCUAUAUUGUAUGUGUAAUUUGUUGUCUUUUUAUUUAUAUCAAAGGUUUUUUUGUGGUAGUAUCCAACACAGCAAUAAUAAACUCUGUUCCAUGAGUGCAUAAAGACCCAGGGCAUUACAGCUUGCAGCAAUGAGAGGAAGGCAAGGGGUAAGACCUAGCUCUUUACCCUCUUUGAUCUGCCUAGUCUACUGUACAGAUUAUUCUAGAUGUGCUAGAGACUUGAGUGCAGCCUUGUGUGGCAAUUCCAGAAUAACUGUUAGGGAGUCUAUUUUCUUACCAGCUUCUUUCCAGUUCUGCUUGCCCACAAUGCCCUGGGUCACAGUAGUAGCACAGUAGACAGUAGACAUAAUAUUAUUUGAUUAGAUGUCAAACGGCUGCUAAAGGGACUAUUGUAGUGUUUCCAUUGUUUGACCUGUGAGGAUAUUUUAUUAGCGAUACAGUAUUAGAGUUAAAUAAUAACUUAUUUAGACCAGUCCUUUUUAAUAAUGAUACCAAUGGAUGGGCACCCCCUCUACCAUUACUGGGCAUGCACUGUAAAUAGCCAAUUGUUAUGAUGUGUAAGGCAGUAAUAAUUGAUAAUUUUUUUAAGGAGAUUAAGGUAUUGUAAGAAAUAACCUGCUUACUGGCAGCAGAUAACUUAAUCCUUCAGCUAAGCCACCAGUCAUAGGACAAGAUAAGGGACCAUUCCCUUUUUGCUACCCCACUCACUUACAAUGCUGCACAUAGCUUUCAUUUCAGCAUGGUGGAAAAUUAGCAGAUGGAUAGAGUUUUCCAUGAGAAAUGUCAACUGCCUGCAAGUAGGCUAGUAUUAACUUAAAAGAACACUGGUUGUUCUUAAAGCAUUUUUCAGUAAUAUUUAAAUUUGAUACUAGCAGUUGAAAACAAAUAACUUUUCUUAACUAUUUUAGUAUAAUGAAUCAAAUUGUAUGAAUGAAAUAAAUAUUACAUCAUAUUUUGUA